AUGGGGAAUUUACCAUCAGUUCGCGUACGAGAUGCAUUUCCGUUUGCUCAUACCGGAAUAGAUUUCUGUGGACUGUUCCACAUCAAGGAAAAGAAAUAUCGAAAUCGAACGCGAAUAAAGGUUUACGUAUGCAUUUUCGUAUGCAUGACCAUAAAGUCGGUCCAUCUUGAGGUCGUUAGUGACCUAACUUCCGACGGUUUUUUAGCUGCACUGCGACGCUUUGUCGCGCGACGCGGUCUGCCGGAACACGUCUUUUCCGAUAACGGGACCAACUUUGUAGGCGCCAAUAAUCAGCUGAAAGAAAUGUACGUCCUAUUCAACUCUGACGAACACAAGGAACAAGUGAACAAAUAUGCCGCUGAACAUCGUAUAUUGUGGCAUUUCAUACCUCCAAUAGCACCACACUUUGGAGGCCUGUGGGAAUCUACUGUGAAAUCAUUUAAACAUCAUUACAAACGAGUAGUAGGCGAUUCUCUGUUCACAUUCGAAGAACUAAAUACGUUCACUAUCGAAAUUGAAGGUAUCCUUAAUUCUCGUCCUAUUACUUCUCUUUCCUCAGAUCCGAACGACAUGUUAGUUUUAAGCCCCGCUCAUUAUUUAAUUGGCAAGCCUAUAACGACCUUUCCGGAGGGCGAUGUAUCAUUUGUUCCAGCAAAUAAACUGUCCACCUGGCAGCACAUCACGAAGGUGCGACAGGACUUUUGGUCUCGAUGGUAUCUCGAAUACUUGAAUGAACUGCAAAGAAGGAGCAAAUGGAUCAAAGAUGGUCCCAAAAUCGACAUCGGAACAAUUGUAUUAAUCAAGGACAAAAAUCUUCCAUGCACACGAUGGGCGCUCGGCAGAAUCAGCGAACUACACUCAGGCAAAGACGGUGUAACUCGAGUUGCCACCAUCAAAACCGCAGUAGGAGAAAUGAAGCGAAAUACGAAGUGCCUAUGUCCUCUCCCGAAUAACAUUACACCUAAUUAA